ACGCAUUCUAUCAUCAAAGCCAAGCCUAACAAGCCGGUUGAUGGAGGUGCUGUAGCCGCGGCCUAACACUUGUAUAUGUAUACAACUUCACUCUGCUUGCUUCAAUCAGAAGUUGAAGCUUGAAUUGAAGCUAUAACCCAUAUGGGAAUCCAUUUCUCUUUCUUGCUUCUUAUUCCCUUCCUCUUAAUAUUAUUGUUCCUUGGGCUCACAAGGCCAAAGAAUAAUAAAGCUAAGAUUCAAAUCCCAGGGCCAUGGAAGCUUCCUGUUUUGGGAAACCUUCAUCAGUUAUUAGCAGCGGCAAGGUCGUCACCUCCACACCAUACCCUUCGAGAGCUGUCUCUCAAGUACGGACCUCUCAUGCACCUGCAAAUUGGUGAGCUUUCUACAGUUGUUGUCUCAUCCCCAGAUAUGGCCAGGCAGAUCAUGAAGACCCAUGAUCUUGCCUUUGUUCAGAGGCCUCAGAUUACCAGUGCCAAGAUUUUUGCUUAUGGAUCAACUGGCAUAGUUUUUGCUCCUUAUGGUGAUUAUUGGAGACAGAUGAAAAAAGCAUGUAUUUUAGAACUCUUAAGUGCCAAGAAGGUCCAGUCAUUCUCCUAUGUCCGACAAGAUGAGGUGUCUAAGUUGAUAGGGUCAGUUCGAUCAUCAGUAGGUUCGGUUGUUGAUCUCACGGACAAGAUUUACUCUUUGACAAGUGCUAUAGUUACAAAGGUUGCUUUUGGCAACGAACAAGAAGAGCUUCUGCAACCACUCCAUGCAGCAAUAGAAGCGGGUGCGUAUCAUUUUCUUGAUUUCUUCCCUUCACUGAAACAUGUUCCUCUCAUAACUGCGAUGGAAGAAGCAAAGUUGGUGAAGAUUCAUAAGAAGAUAGACAAGAUUUUAGAGGAUAUUCUCAAGGAGAAUCAGAAGAAGCAGAUCAGAGCAGCAGGAGGAGGAGGCUGUGAGAUUACUGGUUCUGGGGAAGAAAAUCUUGUUCAGGUUCUCUUGCGAAUCCAGCAAAGUGGAAGCCUUGAUAUCACAAUCACAAAUGACAACAUCAAAGCUGUUAUUUGGGAUAUGUUCGGUGCUGGAACGGAUACUUCAUCAACAACAACAGAGUGGGCUAUGUUAGAAAUGAUGAGAAAUCCUAAAGUGAUGAAGAAGGCACAAACUGAGAUAAGAAAAGCUUUUAAGGGAAAGAAAGUCAUUCAUGAAAGUGACAUGGAACAGGUUAGUUACUUAAAAUCAGUAAUCAAAGAAACUCUGAGACUGCACCCUCCUGCUCCUUUGUUGGUGCCAAGGGAAUGCAGAGAAAAUUGCAAGAUUAAUGGCUUUGACAUACCCAUUAAAACUCAAGUUGUAGUAAAUGUUUGGGCAAUUGGAAGAGAUCCAAGCCAUUGGUAUGAUGCUGAGAGUUUUAUACCAGAGAGGUUCCAAGGCGACUGUAAUAUUGAUUUCAGAGGAACAAAUUUUGAGUACAUCCCCUUUGGAGCUGGAAGAAGAAUGUGUCCAGGGAUUUCAUUUGGUUUAGCAAGCAUUGAGCUUCCUCUAGCUAGUUUGCUGUACCACUUUGAUUGGGAACUGCCAUAUGGAACGAAACCAGAGGAUUUAGACUUGACUGAAAUCAGGAGCAUUACCGCAAGAAGGAAGGCCAAGCUCUGCUUGAUUCCAAAACUGUACAAUAUUGAUCCUCCUUGUGACGGUUCUUCAUGAAGUACUGUGCUGUGUGUGUGUGGGAAAUGUGGAAAUAAUGUUAUGUUGGACAAUAACAUAAAAAGCCUUUAAUUUCUUUGCUAAGCAGAGUUCAUGAUAGAUCAGCCUUUGUCCUUAAAUGGGCCUGCGCGGUUUAUUUCAUGCCGUAUCAUUGGAUUUCCUAGAAUGUAUCCUCAUGCAUAUCUCAUAGACUUGUUUGAGCUCGCUUGCCUGAACUUUGAUUACAUUAUAGAAGGUGAGUUAUAUAUAUACUCCUUCUAGUCAUUAAUAUAAGAUCUAAUUAGAAGUUGAAUUAGAUCUUGAAUAUAAGACAUCAGUCCACUUU